AGGUGAGUAGCGUGAAGAAGACAAUGAGGCUAUUUUGAACAAAACUACUGCGUAUUUACAGCAAAACUGGUAUUUAAUUGAUUAAAUCCUGAUCAAGACCCUGAUUUGUACAAAAGAGGAAAAGAUGAGCGAGAAAUGUGGAUGUUAAGUGUUUCUUUUCAUUUUUUCUUUUGCAGAUCUGAAUUUGUCUUGAAGACUGGGCCGUCGAGGACUUUGAACAGCCUUACUCUAAUUCAUAUUUUUUCUUCAAGUAAUGGACAUUUGAUUACUAUUUUUGCCUCAUAUUUGUUUCCUGAAGGAAAGGCUAGCCUUUAGCUAUCAUAACCCCGCCCAUAAGCAAGUUUUUCAGUUGCUAUAAAACCAUGAAGGUUGACGAUAUAAAAGUGAAAUAAGAGAUAUAAGUGGCUUUAAAGCACACUAAAAUAUACCCGAGACGCUGAGGACCUAUAGUACCACUAAAAUGGCAGUGGGCCCGGUGGACCCCAGAGAGAUUUUAAAGGGAGUGGAGGCGUUGCUGGGGAAAGAUGGAGAACUCCGCAGCCUAGAGGGAGUCCCUAAAUUCUUUAGUUUAAUGAAAGCCUCCACUAAGAUGGUCAGUAGAUGUAUGUAUUUGAACAUUCUACUACAGACAAAAUCCCACGAUAUUCUCAACAGGUUUAUCCGAGUAGGUGGCUACAAACUGCUCAAUUCCUGGUUGACCUACUCCAAAAGUACCACCAACACUCCCCUGCUCCAGCUUAUUCUGCUGACCUUGCAGAAGCUGCCUCUAAAAGUGGACCACCUCAAACAGAAUAAUACAGCGAAGCUCGUGAAGCAGUUGAGCAAGAGUGGAGAGACGGAGGAGUUGAGGAAGUUGGCAGCUAUACUUGUAGAUGGGUGGAUGGCAAUAAUCCGAUCUCAGAGCGUCUCAAGCAGCGGGAAUUCUCCUUCAGAUAAGAAAAGGAGGAGGGAAGAGAGCAAAGUAGUGGUGCGGGAUGUGAAGGAAAAGCCUGGAGACGAUGAGAAGAAGAAAGAAAAACCCAAAGCUCAUGCACCCAGCCAUGCAAAGAUCCGCUCCAUAGGAUUGGAGAUGGAUACUCCAACCCCUGUCCCUGCCAAGAAGACCCCUACAGCGCCACAGCUCGGCGACAAGUACAACAUCAAGCCUGCAGUUAUUAAAAGGCCUAGCUCUGGUCCAUCAGACACACCACCAGCGGAAAAAAAAUACAAGCCAUUAAAUACCCCGUCUAAUGCUACGAAGGAGAUCAAAGUCAAGAUCAUCCCUGCACAACCAAUGGAGUGCACCGGUUUCUUGGAUGCUUUAAACUCGGCCCCGGUGCCCGGCAUAAAGAUAAAAAAGAAGAAACCCGGUGUCGGUACCAAUACCAAGGCAGUCUCCCCUACAUCUAACAAGCCGAGUCCAUUUGACUGCAAGGGAUCCACCUACCCAUCAUCGUCUACCAAACCGUCAUCUCCAGAAGCUACUGCUUCUGUGACUCCUCCACACGAGAUUCAAGAGCUGGAGCAGCCCGGGACCCCCGUGCCCACCGAGGAUCUGGAGGCAGCUGACAACAGUGAGAAACCCAAUUCCCUGGCUGAGCCACGUGGAGAGGAGGAAAGCUUGACAAAGAAAGGCAAGAAAAAGAAAAGUGUUCGCUGGGCUGAGGAAGAGCAUCUCAAAGAGUACUUUUACUUUGACCUUGAUGAGACGGAAAGAGUCAAUGUCAACAAGAUCAAGGACUUUGGUGAGGCUGCCAAACGCGAGCUGAUGAUGGACAGGCAGACAUUUGAGAUGGCACGCCGGUUAUCCCAUGACACAAUGGAGGAAAGAGUCCCUUGGACAGCCCCAAGGCCUCUGAUUCUUGUUGGGAGCCUGGUCACCCCUGGGGCCAACAGUACAGAGAAGCUCACUCAGAGGGACAGGGAGAUGGGCAUUCUACAGGAGAUAUUUCUCAGCAAAGAAAGUGUGCCUGACAGUCCUCAUGAACCAGACCCAGAGCCUUAUGAGCCCAUGCCUCCCCGCCUCAUCCCUCUUGACGAGGAUUCCACCAUGAUGGAUGACAGCUAUGUAGAACCGAUGGAUACUACCCCGCAGCAGUCCUCUGCAAUGGGCCAUACCGAGGGAUCCAAGCUGCCCCCUGUCUUGGCCAACCUUAUGGUUAACCUAGGCAAUAGUGGCCGCAGCCCUCAAGCUACCAAUACGGUUGGCCCUGUGGCCCCUACUGUAAAUGUACAGGAAUUGCUCUCAUCUAUCAUGGGUGCUCAGGGUAAUCAGUCUACUGAGGAACUGAUAAAACAGCCUGACUUCUCAGAUAAAAUCAAACAGCUACUUGGCUCCCUGCAGCAGACCCAGAAUCAGAACCAAAAUGGACCUCCACCAGUAAACCAAGGCUUGCUUGGCCAUGGUCCAGGGAUGAACAACAUGAACAAUAUGAACAACAUGAACAUGAAUAUGCAGAUACCCAUGAAUGGCUACCCUCCCAGCAACCCACCUGGUGCCCCCCGCUUCAACCACCCACCCCCACCUCACAACCAUGGGCCACCCUUCAAUGCUGGCGGAGGCCCUCGUAUGAUGGGCCCACCCCCAGGUCAGGGUCGUGGAGAUAAUGGCAACUACUGGGGAGAAGACUCCAUGAGAGGGGGUGGCCACAGAGGAGGCCACUUCCAUCGAGGUGGCCGGGGCAGAGGAGGAGACCAGGGCUUUAGAGGCAGAGGCCGAGGAGGUCCCCGUGGAGGGCACAACAAUAUGAAUGAUAUGUCCAAAAGGCCUGUGUGUCGGCACUUCAUGAUGAAGGGAAACUGCCGGUAUGAAAGCAACUGUGCUUUCUACCAUCCUGGUGUGAAUGGACCGCCCUUGCCCCCCAACCACCCUGCAAACAACCAGCAUCCUCAGCACCCCCAGCAUGGACACUAGAAGUAGCACUCCUGCCAUUAGGUGGCUAAUGUUGAAAGAGGCCAGCUCUGCUCUGCUCUACCACUAUACCUGCAUUCUGCUGGGACGGACAAAACAGCUCAAAAAACUAACCUGGAAUGUGGAGGUCUGCUGCUUUUCUCUUAAUAUUGAGAAUAAGUGACGUUUGCUUGCACACACAAAUGUGAAUGUAGGGACUCAGUAGCUGUUAGAUGAUCACUAAUGUGACUGUAUGUUUUUAUUGUGAUCAUUUUUAACAGUCCUAGUGUUAAGACUGAUCAUUUGCUAUACCUGACUACUACCUUCUGUUGCUGCAACUAGAGUAUUUUAUUGCCAUCUAGUUUUGUCUCCCUUGAUCAGGCCUACAACUUCCCAACGCACUAAAUAACAAAUCAAAUGGGGUACUUAUACACACUGUAUGUCCACGGUAUGCCAAGAAUCAGACGUUACACUAAAUUUGGGAAGCGUUUCAUGGCCACCCUAUCCCUGCAUAAAUGUUUCCUCACAAUUCUUAUGUGGAUUUUGGGUUUUGUUAAACUGUGGUUCCCUCGAUGUUUGGUUCUGGAAUGUAGGGGGACCUGUUCCCCGGCUAAUAUUGCUCAAUUCAUGUCCAUAUCAAAGCCCUGUGUUGGAGAGAUGGAUACGACAUGUUAACAAAACAUACCUUCAGUUUCCCACAGGCCCAUUUCAACAACGGAAAUUAAUUUUUUCGCUGAUAAGGUUUUCCGCUCGUCCCAUCUUUUUUAAUCGUAGGUGAAACUCUGAGAUUUAGGAGGAGUAGUAGAAAACACUAGAGAUCAAAAUUUGACCAGCCCUACAGAAUCCAUAUAUGUCCCAGUGCUUAGAAUGAUGCUAAAGUCCUGAGUUUACAGUUGGUCCUUAAAUUUCCCCGGAGAUGGAACAUGUAGUGCAGUUCUCCUCGCUGCAGCAGUGCCCUUCACACUGAACAUGUGGUGCAGCUCUCCUCACUGUAGUGGUGCCCUUCACACUGAACAUGUAGUGGUUCUCCUCACUGCAGUGGUGCCCUUCACACUGAACAUGUAGUGGUUCUCCUCACUGGAGCGGUGCCCUUCACACUGAACAUGUGGUGCAGCUCUCCUCACUGCAGUGGUGCCCUUCACACUGAACAUGUAGUGGUUCUCCUCACUGGAGCGGUGCCCUUCACACUGAACAUGUGGUGCAGUUCUCCUCACUGCAGUGGUGCCCUUCACACUGAACAUGUAGUGUGGUUCUCCUCACUGCAGUGGUGCCCUUCACACUGAACAUGUAGUGGUUCUCCUCACUGGAGCGGUGCCCUUCACACUGAACAUGUAGUGUGGUUCUCCUCACUGCAGUGGUGCCCUUCACACUGAACAUGUAGUGGUUCUCCUCACUGCAGCGGUGCCCUUCACACUGAACAUGUAGUGUGGUUCUCCUCACUGCAGUGGUGCCCUUCACACUGAACAUGUAGUGUGGUUCUCCUCACUGCAGUGGUGCCCUUCACACUGAACAUGUAGUGUGGUUCUCCUCACUGCAGUGGUGCCCUUCACACUGAACGUGUAGUGUGGUUCUCCUCACUGCAGUGGUGCCCUUCACACUGAACAUGUAGUGGUUCUCCUCACUGCAGCGGUGCCCUUCACACUGAACAUGUAGUGUGGUUCUCCUCACUGCAGUGGUGCCCUUC